UCAAUGCAGGAUAACUGGCCUUCAAUCCUAUUUGCGAUGGCCGGUGGCGUUGCUCUCAGCAUCGGAAAUUUGAUCUCGCAGUAUGCAUGGGCAUUUGUCGGACUGUCUCUGACAAACAUCAUCUGCUCAAGUCUGGCUGUAGUUUUAGGAACAACCAUUAACUACUUCCUGGAUGGCCGAAUAAACAGGGCGGAUAUUCUUUUCCCGGGUGUCGCGUGCUUCCUCGUCGCCGUCUUCCUCGGCUCUGCUGUCCACACCUCCAAUGCCAAGGAUGAGGAGGAGAAGCUAAGCGUGUCAGGAUUCAGGAAUAGUGAAGAAAUAGAGCUCAGCUGUGAUGUCUCUGACAAAGUGAUGUUGCUGCCUGAUCAAGAAGCGCUGAACGAUUGCGACGGCGAAGAUUGCGAUACCGGCACCGCAGAGUUCAUCAUUCAGGUCGAGAAGAGGCGAUCGAUCAAGGUGCUCGGCUCCAGCAGGUCACUAGGACUGGGCCUGGUGGUCCUCGCCGGAGUCUGCUUCUCCCUCUUCUCGCCGGCGAUCAACCUGGCCGUCAACGACCAGUGGCGCACGCUGGACGACGGCGUCCCGCACCUGACGGUCUGCACCGCCUUCUUCCACUUCUCCGUCUCCUGCUUCGCCGUCGGCGCCAGCAUCAACGUCUGGCUCCUCCGCCGUCCACCGCCGCAGCAUACGCCGGAGACUGGGACGGCAGGCAGUGGGCGCUGCUGGCGGGGCUACUGUGUGGGUUCGGCAAUGGGCUCCAGUUCAUGGGUGGGCAGUGUUGAAGUUUAUUUCAGCUGUGGCCCCACGCGGACCAGUUAUCUCGGAGCUUAA